AGGCCAACAACUUAGAUCCGGGCGGAAGUUUCUGCCUGAGGAGCAUCAUCGCCCUUUUUGUUAUUUUUCCACUGUUCACUAUUGUCCUCUUCGAGUUGGCCAGUCAAACCGCAGCAGUGGGGUAGCUAUCCUCUCAGAACCAGCUACAUAUUCGUUAGCCUUCUCCGAAACUGGCAAGAACCGUACCACGCAUCUUCGUAUACCUCAGUAACCACAUUUCCCGAACUUGAACCGAAAAGCCGAUCAUAUUAUAUCAAUCAUGCUUUCCAUUAAGCGGCAGUCUUCUUUAAGCUCCGAAGAUCCUUCGUCAGAACCACCUUCGGCACUGCCUCCACGCCUCAAAACCAAGCAAAAUGUGCCAGCUUCUUGGUCACCAAAUACGACAGCUUCAAAUCGCCGAAAGCUCGGAGGGCUCUUUGCUGAUUUGGGUAUGCCGACAAGCGGCUCCCCCUUGAAAGCAACUCCAACUAGAGUGGAAUCCACUCCCACUAAAUCCGGGCAAAAGUCCGGUUGGAUGGGCACAUUAUCGUCUCCUAUAACAUCUUUCGCCGACCGACUCGCUGUACUUUCGAUGGUCGCCAACGGUGAAGCCGAUCCAGGGAAGUCUCCUGUCAAACGAAAGGCCAAAUCAAAGCAGGUCAAGGAUUGCAAGGAGUAUUUCACAGACAAUGAGGGUGUCACUUGUGAAAGGAAGCGAGAUAUUGAAGAAGGCUUAAAGUUUGAACAUUUGCCUGAUGACCUUAUCUUGGAAGUUCUCCUCCACCUACCACCAACACCACAAGCACUUUCGUCGGUGUCUAGUCUAUCAAAACGCUUCUAUAACCUCUCCCGCGCACCUAUCUUAUGGGCACGAAUAUUCAAUGCUGCCGGUUAUACAUCCCAGUUAUCCAAGGAGGUACUGGAGCGAGGUUUAGGAGUAUGGGAGGGGCCUAGAGGACAAUGGGACGGAUUAACAUGGGUGACGGAAACUCAAGAUACUAUCGAUGAGAUUGAAGAAAAGGUGCCUCCCGAGUACAUCCCAAUACACUAUCCUACUCUUCAUCGUACCGCCUGCACACUUCCUCAACUCAUUCGAUCACUAUUACCAGCUCACCGAGCAUCAUUUUCAACACUAUCAAGUCAUACGGAAAGUGUCUACUGCGUUCAGUCAGUGGGGAACUGGCUCAUCACAGGUUCAAGGGAUCGAAGCAUCAAAGUAUGGAGGUUGCCGCCUGUCAACAGUGAUGAAGAAGCGAGACUUGUUACCACAAUACCCAAUGCGCAUAACGGAAGUGUCUUGGGUCUCUGCUUUGAACUCGAUGAUAAAGAGAGAGGAUUACUGGUUACUUCCUCCUCCGAUUGUACCGCUUCCAUCUGGUCUCUGGAUUUAUCACCCUACCCUCAAAGAAAAUCAGUAGCAGUGACCAAGUUGCAAAACCUUUUGCAUCCUCUGGCGGUCCUUGAUGUUGCCUUGACAUCUUCAUCCAUCGUCACCGCUUCCAAGGAUUGUCAUGUCCGUGUCUACUCUCGAGACUCGUUUGAGCUUGUCCACCUACUCACAGGACAUCGUGGUCCAGUGAACUGCGUCACGCCGCGCAAGGUCGAUUGGACCAGCCGGGAAAAGGGUGAACAGAGGGAAGAGGUCGUGUCCGCUAGUGGGGAUGGGAGCUGGAUAGUGUGGGAUAUAAAAAAUGGAUGCCAGCUGAAAAAGGGUGCUGAUGUCGGGAGAGGUCUUGCUUGUGUUGCAUGGGAGGAUGAUUACAUUCUUACGGGAGACAAUGAAUGCCUUGUCAAGUUGUAUGACGCCGAGACAUGUAAACUUCUCAAAGUAUUCCAAGGACAUAGUAAUCUUGUAAGAGCCGUAGCUCUGAGGGUAAGGGAUGGGAUGGCGAUUAGUGGCAGCUACGACGAAAGUGUCAUGAUAUGGGACUUACAUACCGGUCAUCUAAUCAAGCGCCCAACGCUUGGGCAUCACUCCCUCAUUUUCGACCUUGAGAUGAGCUGUAAACGAUUGAUCCUAGUUGGUCAUGGGCAUUCUGUGCAAGUCUUGACUUGGGGCAAAGGCCUGCCUUAUGUAGAUUUCUUUGUCUGAGGAGGCUCAUAAAUAUAUGUUAUACAUAGAUAUUAUGUUGUACCAUGUAUAAUACAGCAUCAACCGCAUGAAAUAAUCAA